GAAAUAUAUAAGCGACACAGCCUUAUGGGCAAAUCGAAUGCUAUUUAUUUAUUUGAUAAGAAGAUUAAUAAUUUCAAUUUGUCAUCCACUAGUCUCUUGGGGUACUCAAAACAUAUCACCAAAAAGUCCAUAGAGUUAUUUGUUCUUAUUUACUGAUAAAGUAUUCCAAGUUGAUGUACGAAUAAAGUGGCAAUUUCAUGUAUUAUCAAUAUAAUCCAUUUUUGGGAAUCUGAUAUUUUGUUUAUCCUCGAGCUCUGAGAGAUAUAUUUUGGUGCAGUGAAGGUUCAAAGCUGGCAUGCAUGAUGCAUAUAAUAACUGCUCUGGACCUAAUACUUACUACGCAUUUAAAUUAAUAUUUAUGGAUAAUAUGGUUAAUAAAUAAGGAACUUCUAUUUAUAUCACAAAAGGUCACUGGUCUUCUUCGUGUGACUUCACCACUUUCUCAUCUCCCACAAAAAUGGCUCUCUCACUUCUUUCAGUCUUUAUCUUUUUCCAUGUCUUUACCAAUGUUGUUUUUGCUGCUUCAAAUGAGGAAUCCAACGCCUUAGUUUCUUUACCAACGCCAACACUUCCAUCGCCAUCUCCGGCUACCAAACCGCCGUCGCCAGCUCUCAAACCGCCGACGCCGUCGUACAAGCCACCCACGCUGCCAACUACUCCUAUUAAACCACCCACCACAAAACCUCCGGUCAAACCUCCAACUAUUCCGGUUACACCAGUAAAACCUCCGGUUUCAACUCCUCCGAUCAAACUACCGCCGGUACAACCACCUACGUACAAACCCCCAACGCCAACAGUUAAACCACCGUCCGUCCAACCACCUACGUACAAACCCCCAACUCCAACGGUUAAACCACCCACUACAUCACCGGUUAAACCACCCACUACGCCACCAGUUCAAUCACCGCCGGUCCAACCACCUACGUACAAACCCCCAACGUCACCGGUUAAACCACCCACCACAACUCCACCGGUUAAACCCCCCACCACGACGCCACCGGUCCAACCACCUACGUACAAUCCCCCAACUACACCGGUUAAACCACCUACAGCGCCGCCUGUCAAACCUCCAACACCACCUCCCGUAAGAACUCGGAUAGAUUGCGUGCCUUUAUGUGGGACGAGGUGUGGGCAACACUCGAGGAAGAACGUAUGUAUGAGAGCGUGCGUCACGUGCUGCUACCGCUGCAAGUGUGUUCCCCCAGGCACCUACGGUAAUAAGGAGAAGUGUGGAUCUUGUUACGCCAACAUGAAGACACGUGGUGGAAAAUCCAAAUGUCCUUGAACCUUUAUAUGACGAUGGUUGUUAAACGAAAUAAUUUAAAUCAAUGGAGUUUUUAUAAGUUUGUAAUGCGUUUGUUUUUGUUAUAGUAAUAUUGAGUUGGAUCUUUGUUUACGGGACGUAGAAUACUAAAUAAUGAAAAAAACCUUCUCGAUGAAUUAAGGGUUUUAUGAAUUUGUUUUGUAUUGAAUAAUAUAGGGAUGGAUAAAGUUUUAUUAUUCUAACAGGUUACUUUAUUAGGCAUUUCUUCGGCUCAUGUAACUCUUGUAUCGCUGAAACUAUGUAAUAGAUAGAAGAACCUAAAAAAAGAAAGAAAACAAGAAAUGCACAUAGCGAAGCUCAAAAGAUGAGUGUUCUGCUAGCGGUAAUGUUGUUAUUCAGUUGGGUCAAAUGCUCUAAUUGCAAAUCUUAUUUGGGCCUUAUAUAGACUCUUAUGUGCAUAUGGUCCAGCCUAUUUGGGCCGAUGUGUUUGAAGAUCAUUUGGGAAAGUCUUGCGCAAGGAGAACUUACUUGGGACUUGGGAGACUUGGAGUAACAAAUUCGUCUUGGAGUAACAAAUACAUGUCAACUUAUUCCACAAGUUCUUUGUGAUAAUGAUAUACAUAUUUAAAUGUUUUAAAAAAGGG